AUUAAAAAAUAAGAUUUGAAAACUGAUAUGUACAGGCAUAGAGCCGUCCCUGAAAUGCGUCGACUUCACUGACCGUAGACGGGCGACUUAGUCUGCAGUGUUCAUUUGCAAAAUGGCUGAUCACAGGGAAAGGGAUUCGUAUUAUUCACAAACGGAUUUGCGGUCAAAAAAUGAUGAUCCACCGAAUUCGCGCCUAUUUGUUAUAUGCCACAAAAGUUUGGAAGAAGAUGACCUUAGGAGAGCCUUUGAAAAAUUUGGAAAGAUUGAAGAUAUAUGGGUGGUUAAGAAUCGGAAUUCAGGCGAAAAUAAAGGAGUCACAUACAUUAAAUUUUCGAAAACAUCAGAGGCAGCUUUUGCUCUAGAAGAAAUGAAUGGCAAAAUGUUGGGUUCUGUUGGAAGACCCAUCAAAGUAAUGAUUGCUUCAAACCGUGAUCAAGGAUCUGUAAGAGAAACAAAUGAGGAAGAGAGAUGGGUUCGUUUGUUUUGUGUUUUACCAAAGUCUAUGACCGAUGGUGAACUUCAACUAGAGUUCUCACAAUUUGGUCCUAUCGAGUAUGCAACUGUCGUCAAAGAUAGGAAUACAAAUGAGUCUAAAGGCUUUGGUUACGUGAAAUUUAAGAGAGUAUCUAGUGCCGCUAGAGCAUUCGAAGAAUGCGAUAGGAAAUACAAAGCUGUAUUUGCUGAACCAAAAAAACCAAAACCUGAACACAUGGAUGUGAAAUAUAAUAAUGGAUUGUCUUCUCAUUAUGACAGUGCUGGUGGAAAUUAUAGUUCGUCAAAUUUUGGCAAGAGCAGUAUUAGUUUAGAAAUUGCUACAAAUUAUCCUAACUCUGAAGGUUAUACACAUUUACAAGUAAUUGCACAUCCAGCAUUAAAUCAAGAUCAAUUAUGGAAAUUGUUUGAUAUCGUACCUGGUUUGGAUUAUUGUCAUCUGAAAAAUGAUGUUAGAUAUAGGAUGCCGAGAGGGCAGGCUGUUGUAGUGUAUUCUAAUCCUAGUGCUGCAGCAUAUGCAAGAGAAAAAUUUCACGGUUUUGAAUAUCCUCCCGGUCAUAGGAUGAUUGUUAAACCAGAUCUAUCAAGUGUACCUCCAAAAAGUGUUGUAAAACCUGGAAGUUCAACAGGUGGAAUAGCCAAUACUAGAACAGAUUUAGCUCAUUUGGCGGAAACCAUUGCUCAAGCUACAUCUUUAAUUCAAGCUGCAGGGUUAACCGCACCAAGUUUAGAACAUUCUAUGUGUAUCAAAUUGCCACCUGUACAGCCAAUGGCUAGUAUAGAUGCAGAGGUGGCAAAAAGAUGUUUUAUUGUAUGUGGUCCACCGGUACCACCCAUUUAUGCUAUGAAGGAUGCUUUCUGCAGAUUUGGAAACCUCAUAGACGUGUAUAUGCUUCCAGGAAAAAAUUGUGGAUAUGCUAAAUAUGCCAGCGUCGAAAGUGCAAAUGAAGCAAUUGAGGCCCUGCAUGGACAAGAAAUUUGUGGGUCACGAUUGAAAGUACUAGAAGCAGAAGAGCGCAACGUUGGUGAUGAUCGUAGAAAGCGAUUACGAAUGGAUGAAGAUGACAAUUAAUUUUUUUUUUGUAUACCUCACUGACUGGUAUACACAAGCUGGACGCACGCAAUAAAAGAGACGAAUUUUAAGACUCACUUGACCACGUCGGGCCCGCAUCCAAGGAAACUACUCCAACUACCUACUUUUAACUAUCGCUUACGUUCGCGAUUUCAACGUUACUGAACUUUAACGAUACUUUACUUUAUCCUUACAUAUCUUUACACAUACACCUGACUUCCUAAUUUUAUUAUUUUAAGAGGCCUGUGCGAAAAGUGAUCUUAAGCGAUCUUAAUUCAAUUAAAAAAAAAUACAUAAUACACACAAAAGUAGGUAGAGUUGAAACUACUUCCUUUUAGGUAAGGAAGGUACAUGAUACUUAAAAUGUUUAUUGUUGUUAUGUUAAUAUACUACAGAUAUUAGCCACAAGUAAGAGGAUUUCUAUAUAUCUGUAUAUCUGUACUUUUGUAUCAAAAUCAUGUUUUGAUGAAAAUUUUUCCACAUAUACUUCUCUGUAUAUUGAAUGAAAUGAAAACCUUCGAAAAGGAAACAAAAGAUAAAAUUAUCUUUAAAAAAAGUUUAUAUUCUUGUUUGUAAAACAGGUAUAAUAAUUAUGAAUAAUAAUAUCAAUUUAACUAUUCGCGCAGGCUCUAAAACACAAUCUUGUGCUUUAGAGUUAGUGAAACCAGUUUUCGUUUAUAAUUUAUAUUUAAUAGUUCUAUACUAUUCUUUUCUUAGCUAUACUGUGUAUGGAAGAGAACGUAAAGUAAUUCUUGUACAUCUUUCGAGGAAUAUUUUCGUAAAAAUAAUCUCAAAACUUGGUUCCAAAACAAGAUAUAUUCUCUGAUAAGUGUUUAUUUUUUAUGUUUUGCGAACGUAGUUUUAUCUACUAGUGGUAGAGUAACAUAUUUUUAUGAAAAAAUUUAGAGAAUGCAGAGCAUGUUCCCUAACGAGAAUGAUAACAUCACGGCUAUAUUUUUUAAUACUUAAAUUAUAGUCUAAAAACUCAGUUGCUGAGUAAUUUUUUAGUAUGUUUUACAUACGAUAAUUUAAUAUUAGAUACCAGUGAAAUUUUAGUAAUGUUUUUUUUUUUUAUAUCUCUAUAUAAUCAUGAGAAUUUUUAUACGCCAAGAAAAUAUUAAGUUUAAGUUAUACAGAGAAGCUAUCCAAAUUUUUACUAAGGUGUGGGUACAUCUUGUUUUGGAAAUACAUCACGUAUGUUUACGUAUGUAGAUAUAUUUGCAUAAAAUAUAUCAGCAUGUUGUUUUCUUACAAUUAAUUUGAGUAUUAUCAAGAAACGUACGAUUUCUUAGACAAUUAAUAUUACGUCCAUGAUCACAAUUUCGUCAAAUACCAAUUAUUGACGCACAACAUAAACCCUUUUAUGGUGGACACUUUUGUACGUGUGUUAGACUGUUUUACUCAAUGACCAUACGCAAUGAUGUUUUAGGAGACUGUAACUGACUUGUUUGAUGAUAUUAAAUACACAUUAAGUAUUGAAAAACUUA